AUGUGGACAGCGGAGCAGAGCCCUUGCCGCCCAGGCGCAUUCGGUGACGUCACGUACGAUCCGACCCCGCGAAUCGAGGGGUUCUUUGGUUUCGGCGGAAAUUGCAAUGCCCGCAAAACCGUCACGAUCGCAGUCGCCGACGACUCGGCGACGGCAUCUGCGACCCCAGGCCGUGGCUCGCCGACACAGGAAGACGGACUCGGCGACGCAAAUGGCGAAAACAUCCUCGAAGGUAACUUUGCGGUGGGCGCGACGGCGGUGGCGCCUGAGAAGGGUUCGGAUCCGCAGUUGCUUGAAAUCUCCCCCGCAACGGCCGGACUCUCGGCGCAAGCGGGGGAAGCGGAGAAGCCGCAGCUUGUGGAGGCGUCAGUUGCGGUGCGGUUGCGCGGACAGAAGCAGUCGGACCUGACGGUUCCGGGAUUUGCCGUUGCAGGGAAGGAUAGUUCAACCGAGCCUGUAAAUGCGCGUGGUCCGCGGAAUGCUGGACAGGGGAAUGGUUCUGCGGUGGUAACGGCGCAGGCUGCGCCAGACAGGGCAGUCCGGGGAGCGGAUGGGGGAGUGGCGCUGAAAGCAUCCGCAGCGGGAGUGGCGGGAGUUGCGGAUGCUCUGGAGCGGCAGCAAGGCCCCACGGCCCAGUGCCCUGAUUUCCGCUGCAACUGGCCGCGCACGGGGUUCUUCUUUGACCGCCCGGGCAAGGGCCACCAGGCGGUGAUUGUGACGGCCUACACCAACCAGCCGUUCGAGUGCUGGCGCAUCUGCCGCCGCACUGAGCACUGCGCCUUCUGGAUGUUCGAGAUGCAGGCAAUCCAAGGCCGAUGCAAGCUGUGGAGGAAGGAGCAGAGCCCAUGCGAGCCAGCAGACCCUGCAGACGUCACCUCCACCACAUACCAACAAAGGGCAGAUGGGCUGUUUGUGGUGGGCGGUAACUGCGAAGGAGCUCUUCUCCCCUCUUCCGCCCGUGCUGCUCGUGCUGGUCUUGGCGUGCGCUCCAAGGGGGGCCUCACCACGUGUGCUGUACUCAAUGCCCACGUUGGUGCUGACAUCAUCGGAGCCAAUGUCGACGGCACAGCUGACAUCAGCAUUCUCCGCAGGGGAGCAUCCGUUUAUCUAUCCUACAAGAUCACAGCACAAGGCUUAACUCAGCGCCCAUCAUCCUCCCCAGCCAUCGUCGCCCGUAACCCCUGCUCUCCCUCCUCCACUUCCUCCACCUCCUCCUCCACUUCCUCCUCCUCGCCUGCUGUGGCCGCAUCUGCUUCCCUGUCCGGAGACGGCUCACUGCACGCCUCCCUCUCUCCCUCCACAGGAGCCACCGGCUCUGACGGAUCGCUCUCCGCCGCAGGGGGUCUCUCAGCCUCCACAAACCUCCUCAACACCGGAGCCACUGCUGCGGGCAGCACUGACGCCUCCCUCCCCAAAGCCACUGCUUCAGGCUCAGGCUUUAUCGCCGCCUCAACUGCUCUCCUUAACACGUCAGCCACUGCCAGCGGUGGUGCCCACGCGUCUCUCCCCAACGCCACUCUCUCUGGCUCUGGCUCUCUCUCUGCCUCCACCGGUCUGCUCAACACAUCUGCUCGUGCCGGCGCUGGUGCGGCAGCCUCCCUUCCCAACGGCACUGUGUCUGGAUCUGGUUCUCUGGCUGCUUCCUCUGGGCUGCUCAACACCUCCGCUGACGUUGGUGCCGGUGUCAACGCAGGCUCGGGCGGUGUCCAAGCCAACCUCGGAGGCUCGGUGAACCUUGACCUCAACCCCGCUGGUGUUAUCUCGGGGAUUGGUGGGGUUGUCUCUGGCGCAGGUGGAGCAGUAGGGAGCGUGGUUGUUUCGGCAGGGAAGACUGCAGGCUCGGUGGUAGGUUCCGUGGGCAACAUUGCAGGUUCGGUGAUUGGCACUGCGGGCAAGGUGGCCGGCUCGGCAGGGAAAGCAGCAGGCUCGGCUCUUAGCUCGGUGCCUUCGAUUCUGUCUCCCCUGGUUGUCCUUCCUGGUGCUUGGGUGAAGGCUGCAGUUGAUGCCAAGGUUGGAGUCAACAUUGGUGCUGCUGGUGCAGCUGCAGCAAGCGUGUAUGCGAUGGUGGGAGAGACUCGCCUCUCUGCUGACCUUGCAUCGUCCCUCCUCGCUCGCAUCUCCGCCCGCUCCUCCUCCGCUUCCGCUCCUCUACCCCUCUUCCUCUACCUCAACGCGCACCAGAAUCUCGUUGCCUUCCUGCAGUAA